CAUGGCGGAGCCCGGGCAGCGGCCGCGCGGCCGCCCGCCGCCCCUCUGAGCCGGGCUCAGGGGCAGCCUGGCGCGCCAGACCCGACCCCCGCCCCGCCGCGCCCUCUGCCGCACUUGUCCCACUGCGCGCCCCCUGGAGCGCCGCGCACCCCUGGGACCCUUGCGCGCCCUGGGUCCCCAGUAUAGUCCCAGGACCCCGCGCACCCUGGUAUCUCGGUACUACCCCAGGAAUCCCGCGCGCCCCGGGACCCCAACGCAGCUCUGGGGAUCCCGCGCACGCCAGGACCCCCGCGUGCUUUCAGAGCCGGGCCAACGGGGCUGCGUGCGUUGGUGAGGGGGCCCCGCCCCAGAGGGUCCCCCUCUUCCAACAGACGGAGCCCCGCCCCAGAGGGACCCCCAGGUCCUGCAGGGACAUCCAGCCACGCCCCGGAGGGCUCCCAGCAUCCUGCUGCUAGAUCCCCGCGCUCCAGAGGAAACUCCGUGCCCAGCUGGGGGCUCCCCGCCCCACUGAGGGGACGCCGCCCAGGAGGGUUCCCCGCGCCCCGCGGGUCCCGGCAGGAUGCACGCCGCCCUGGCGGGGCCGCUGCUUGCCGCGCUCCUCGCCACCGCCUGCGCCCGCCCGCAGCCCCCGGACGGAGGACAGUGCCGGCCGCCCGGAUCGCAGAGGGACCUCAACUCUUUCCUAUGGACUAUUCGGCGUGACCCUCCAGCCUACCUAUUCGGCACCAUCCACGUCCCGUACACGCGUGUCUGGGACUUCAUUCCGGACAACUCUAAGGCGGCCUUCCAGGCCAGCGCCCGCGUCUAUUUUGAGCUGGACUUGACGGACCCCUACACCAUCUCAGCACUGGCCAGCUGCCAGCUGCUGCCGCACGGGGAGAACCUGCAGGACGUGCUGCCCCGCGAGCUGUACUGGCGCCUGAAGCGCCACCUGGACUACGUGAAGCUGAUGAUGCCCUCGUGGAUGACGCCCGCUCAGCGGGGCAAGGGGCUCUACGCCGACUACCUAUUCAACGCCAUCGCGGGCAACUGGGAGCGCAAGAGGCCCGUGUGGGUGAUGCUCAUGGUGAACUCACUCACGGAGACGGACGUGCGCUCCCGCGGCGUGCCCGUGCUCGACCUCUACCUGGCCCAGCAGGCCGAGAAGAUGAAGAAGAGCACGGGGGCCGUGGAGCAGGUGGAAGAGCAGUGCCAUCCCCUCAACGGGCUCAACUUCUCCCAGGUGCUGUUUGCCCUGAAUCAGACCCUGCUGCAGCACGAGAGCGUACGGGCCGGGAGCCUGCAGGCCCCAUACACCACGGAGGACCUCAUCAAGCAUUACAACUGCGGGGACCUCAACGCCGUCAUCUUCAACCACGACACGUCCCAGCUGCCCAACUUUAUCAACACCACCCUCCCACCGCACGAGCAGGUGACAGCCCAGGAGAUCGACAGCUACUUCCGCCAGGAGCUUAUCUACAAGCGGAACGAGCGGAUGGGAAAAAGGGUCAUGGCGCUUCUGCAGGAGAAUGAAGACAAGAUCUGCUUCUUUGCCUUCGGAGCAGGUCACUUUCUGGGGAACAACACUGUCAUCGAUGUCCUGCGGCAGGCAGGGCUGGAGGUGGAGCACACACCUGCGGGGCGGGCCAUCCACAGCCCUGCAGCCCAGAGCCCGGCACCCUCUCCCGAGGGCACCUCAGCGAGCCCGGCCCCGGCCACCCCAGCUGCUGCCAUCCCUGCAGCACCCUCAGCGACCCCCACCGCCCCACCCGAGGAGGAGGACCCGGCCCUGUCCCCACACCUCCUGCUUCCUGACAGCCUCAGCCAGCUGGAGGAGUUCGGGCGGCAGAAGAAGUGGCACAAGAGGCAGAACAAACACCAGCGGCCACGGCAGUUCAAUGACCUCUGGGUCCGCAUCGAGGACAGCACCACCGCCUCGCCACCGCCGCUGCCCCUCCAGCCCAUGCACAGCUCGGGGACUGCCCGGCCCCGCUUCCAGCUCUCCGAUCAGCUCCAGGAGCAGGACCGGCCGGGUCUCACCGGCAGCUCAGUGCCCAGCCAUCCAUCUCCCUCCCUGGGCCUCCUCGCCAUCAUCGCAGCCACUGUGGGCACCACCAUCCUGCUGCACACACUCGGGCCCUCCUGACUUCAGCUACUCCGUGCAGAGAUGCCGGAGAAACCCCUAGAGGGUCUGCGACCACAUCCCGCCAGCCCUGCCAGCACCUUCAGGGGUGCCUGAGACCUCACGGGCAGUCCAGACGGGACCCGUUAGAACCCUAGAGCUUUAUCGUACCCGAGUUACAUCUUCUUUUUUGUAGAAGGAUCUCAAUUUCCCAUAGUGCUAUGGGGCUCUUUUGUAAAAUAUGUGUCCAUAUUAAAAAAGAAAAGUGUAUUUAUUCUACCGAUAAAACUAUUUUUAUGUGACCUAUGUUAAUAAGUUCUUAAUUAGCCCCAGAACCAACCCAGGAGGUGAACCGUGGUUGCCACGACACCUGCAACCUCACACGGACUGUGGCUUCCAACUGGCUUGCUCCCGCAUCAGCAAAGCCUCCCGUGUCUGGGUUUGGCUUCUCCCACUCUUGGGGACCUUGGAGGGAGGGAGAGGCAGACAGGCUUAGCUUUUGUGAAGCUGGAUUAGGGGGCCAGAGGUGUGAGUGCUGGCUGUCCUUCCUUCCCCUGGGUGCAUCCCAGGGCCUGGGAAGAUACUUUAGGAAAGAGAAUGCUGCUAUUUUGAAACCCCUGAAUGUCUGUGAACUAGCCCUCCAGAGCUCUUGGUGAGUGUUUCAACCAAAUCACCAGGGCAGGCAGGGAGGGGAUGGUGGUGCAGAAGGCGGGGGACCCCCAGCCUCAUUUGACCGAUGGUUAAGCUGAGAUCCAAAGAGAGGAAGGUUGGGGUUCAAGGUCACGCAGCAAGUGGCAGAGCUGGGACUUGAAUGCAGACCUCACUCUUCUGGUGUCAUUAAUCCAUCCUGAGUAGAGGAGAGGCUGUGGAAAGCACAGCCAUAUGGGAUGGGCACAGAAGGGCAGUUUUAGGGACGGUGGCUCCAGGCAUUAUGUAGUGAGAAUCCUGGUGAGAGCUGCCAUUUGCCCAAAGGCUGCAUGCAGUGAGACAGGCACUUUGCACACUCAGUUCAUCACCAACCCGCACACCAAUUCCGUAAGAUGGGAUUAUUCCCAGUUGCAGAUAAGGAGC